AUGCGUCUCACCUCCAUCCUCGUCGCAGCCCUCGGCUCGCUCGCAGCUGCCGCCGAUCUCGGCAUCGAAGUAACCCACGCCGUCGAGUGCACCCGCAAGACCACCAGCGGCGACGGAGUUGCCAUGCACUACCGCGGCACCCUGCAGUCCGACGGAUCCGAGUUCGAUUCCAGCUACAAGCGCAAAGCGCCAUUGACCUUCAAGCUGGGUACCGGUCGUGUUAUCAAGGGUGAGUUGGAAGCUAUCCGCUGUUUGUGGAUAUGGGACCAGGGUCUGCUGGAUAUGUGCAUUGGCGAGAAGCGCACGCUGACUAUCCCGCCCGAGUUCGGCUACGGAGACCGCGGUAUCGGGCCUAUUCCCGGCGGUGCGACGUUGGUGUUUGAGACCGAGCUGGUCGGCAUUGAUGGCGUGAAGGAUGAGCUUUGA